AUGGCAGCUGAGAUGGACAUCUCGAUGAGCGUGAGGGUCUUCGAAGAGUUGACUUUCACGAAGGCGGAGCCAAACGGGAUCUUCUCGGUGAAAAUGAGUUCGAACUACAACGUCUUGACCGGUCAUCCAAAUAAGACGCAGGAUUGGCAACGCGCGUAUUUCUUUGUGAAAUCCGAUGAACAUGCUUUCGUAGAGCCACCGGGGGACGACUACCGCGUUCUGUGGAACCGGCAACUCGUUCGUCAUCCGAAUACGAUCGCCUACCCCGAGAAGUUUUUCGAAAGUGCUCAAGCGAUCGCGGCGCAUAGUCAUCUUCGUUGGCCGGAUCUUAGUCGGGAGUGGAUACGUCGUCAGCAAGCUAGGAUCGCUAAAGUUGAUUGGGAGUCGAGGCUUCCUUGCGUUCUCAGUCCCCGUAAGUCGCGCCUUCCUUUGUUUACUCGCAAACAACAGAGACUUCUCGACAAAGCCAGAGAAAUGGACGGGGUUCCGGACCUAAGCGCUCUGUUAAAAGGGAAGUUGCAAGUGCUCACGAAGAAGUCGACUACAGUCGAUCCUCAGGGACCGUCUGACUCCGGAGUCGACGUCACUUCUGAAGGCGGUGGAGCCUCCAGAGAAGAAGCCUCUAGAGAAGGAGCCUCCAGAGAGGAGGGUCCUAUUGCAACCGAUCAGGGGGGGACGGCAGAGACUUCUUCUUCUGGUCCCAAGAAGAAGAAGAAAAAGACCAAGAGGACUAAGGGUCCGAAGUCUAAAAAGAAGAAGGAUGGGAGAAAAAGGUCUCGUUGUGGAGCAGAAGGGCAAGAGGCUGUUUUAGUCGGGGCGGCAUCAGGUGGUCACCCGAGGAAGAAAACUAAGAGGUCUGUUGAGGCAGAGCCCCGCCCUUCUACCUCCGACGCGAACGUUGCUGACGCGGCCAUAGUCGACGCUGUUGGGGAAGCCAGCGGUACUCCUGGAAACCUAUCAGAGGAAAAGAGGAAAACCUGCUCGCGAGAAGGAGGUUCUGGUGGUGAGCCCGCGAGGUCUGAACCUGAAGGUUCCGUCGCGAAGAGGAGGAGGGUCGAAUUUCCUGAUCGCGUCGAGUUUUCCUACAACGAGACAACUCCCCUGAUCCUUAAUCCCCUUAGGUGUGCGGAGCUGACGCGUCAAAUUCGUGGUGGGACGAAGGAGAUGCCGCAACUGGAAGACCUUUACUUCAAGAAUGAAUACAUCGACGCUGCUUCCUCGAGAGCGCGGAAAUACGACAGCGCCCUGAAGCAGACGAUGAUUCAGUUGGGAUCUUCGGAGAAGCUCGCUCAAUCAAGAUUGAAGGCCAUUGAGAGGGUGAGGGAUGAGCAUAAAAAGGCUAACGAGAAGGCUGAGAAGGAGAAAGAAGUCCUUCGAGUGAAGUUCGAAGAGCUGGAGGGUAAGCUCAAAUCCGCCGGCGCGGCUAAGAAAGAGCUUGCUCGAGAGAACACCCGUUUGGAGCAAGCGACUGCGACCCUUGAAAAGGAGAAGGCAGAGCUACUCGAGGAAAGGGACGCCGCGGUUGAGAAAUUGAUUUGA